AUCACACCCUUCGCGCAGCGAGCUAGAAGAUGCCAGAGCCAAGGUAGCGGACUACAGUAUGAACUGCCCUGCUAUUCAAUCCUGAUCCAAUGUUUUUCAUGAAGCUUUAUGGUUUUUAAAUUCUCAAAAACAUUCAAACAUCGACGGUUUCGCCUUCACUUUCUGCGCGACAUUUUUUAAAAAUCGAUUAACAAAUUAUCUACCAGAGGAACAUUUUUUCUGGAAAAGAAAUUUACUUGUAUAUAUUAAACAACAACAAAAAAACCAAAAGAAAAAAAACCACAUGGUUAAGAUAAAUGGUAUGGCAAUCCAGAUGAUUGUGAUAUUGAAUUCUGUAUAAGGUGUAGAACUAAGAAGAAGCCCAGAAAGAUUGCCAUGGCUGCGAACGCCAGCACCAUGCAGCCCCCGCUCUCUCCCAGUGCUGCCCCCGCUGUCCGGGAGGAGGAACUGCGAGAGCAGGAGUCCAGCCCCGCCCCCAUCACCCUUCAGCCAGUCAGGGAGGAGCAGAGCCUCGCCCCGGGCACCUCCUCUCAGGAAUACGCUGUGUCACAAGGGGACCUUAUCAUGGUCAACGAGAUGGCCAACAAAAGUAACGGCGUCUACCCGGGCCCUGUGGAUUCCCCGCCCCCAUCCUCCCGCUCCUCACCCCUGCGGCGCAAAUCGCAGACCUACCCCAACGGCCGGGUGAGGGCGGGGAGCCGCAGUGGCUCGCUGGCCUCUGGGGCCGCUUCCCCCCGCCCCUCCCUGUCCCGCCAGCCCAGCACCAUCACCGAGGGCCUGGGGGACGGCAGCAAGGUGCAGGACUACCUCAUCCUGGCCGUGCUGUCCUGCUUCUGCCCCAUGUGGCCCUUCAACAUCGUCGCCCUGGCCUACUCUGUUAUGUCCCGUAACAGCCUGCAGCAGGGUAAUGUUGAUGGGGCCCGUCGGCUGGGCCGGGUGGCCAAGGUGCUCUCCAUCUUCUCGCUUGUGGGCGGGACCAUCAUCAUCAUCACCCUCCUCGUCGUCAACUGGGGACUCAUAUUGAAGUCUUGACCAGGAUUUAUGGAGACACCGCCAGUCACACUAUCAUUUCCCCAUCAUUACCGUUCCUGCUCUGCUGCUCUACUCUUCAAAAGAAAACCUGCAAUCCCUCCUCAAGUGUGCUGGUCAUAAGUAGAGCACCGUAGGAGGGCCUCUGAUUGCUUGAACAUCAGUCCAAUACAAGAUAUUCACCCGCCAUUCCUGACCUCACCAUUCCAGACUCCCACAUUUCAGACCCCAAUAUUCUGGACCCCAAUAUUCCGGAGCUCGACAUUCCGAUCCCCACCAUUCAAAACCCACCAUUCUGGACACCACCAUUCUGGACCUCGCCAUUAAAACAGUGCAUGAUGAUAUCCGAUGAGCACGAUCUUCUAAAGAACACAGCUACUGGCUUUCCCACCAUCACCGGGCUCGGUGUCAUCCAAACGUCUGCAAAGCUCAUCCACUUCCUCACACCGAAUGCACGGCUUAGCACAAAAAAACCUCUGAAUGUCCUUCUUGUGCCAAAAUCUGCGUGGAACACAUUUAAGUCACAAUUUGUAGCAUGAACGGAAAAAAGGAGAGGAGGAG